CGAUGCGCUGUAACGGGUUUUCGUCAUUGUCUGUGUACGCAUUUUUCGUCAACGUUUAACGGUUCACGACUACGAUUACGACUUCGACGACGACGACUAUAGCGAGCAGUAGAAAUUGCCACUCGAGAGUGCAAAGUGUGCGCUAAUAAUAAAGUAAAUCACUACCAAUUUGCUAAUCAACUAAAAAGUAUCCAGCAAAAACAAGGAACUACACAACAAAAGUGACAAAAUGCAUGUGCCAUUCUAAAUCUCAAAAAGGAGAAAUUUGGAGCAGUAUCAAUUAGUUUAGUGGAGUGCACGCCUGGAUAUCACUGCAACCUAACAUACACUUAUGUGGAAUAUAUGGAAUACAUCUUAAGAUAUAUACCAUAUAUAGUACUAUAAUUAAAUCUUAGACUAAACAUAGCAAGUAAACGGGAAAACGAUAAUCAAUCAACAAUCACUACUAUACAUAAAACACAUCACACAACAUGGGAAAAGAUUACUAUAAAACGCUGGGUCUGCCAAAAACUGCCACCGAUGAUGAGAUUAAGAAGGCCUACAGAAAGCUGGCACUGCGCUAUCAUCCGGACAAAAAUAAAGCGGCAAAUGCCGAAGAGAAAUUCAAAGAGGUAGCCGAGGCAUAUGAAGUAUUAUCGGACAAGAACAAACGUGAGGUUUACGAUAAGUAUGGCGAGGAUGGUCUCAAGAGUGGUGGCACUCGUAAUGGCACCGGCCCCAAAAAUACAUUUACAUAUCAGUUCCAUGGCGACCCACGCGCCACAUUUGCACAGUUCUUUGGCAGUAGCAAUCCUUUCGCCUCGUUCUUCGAUAUGGGGGACAACCUGUUCGAUAAGAAUGUAUUCGAUUUGGAUACGGAACCAGAUUUCUUUUCAUCCCCCUUUGGCGGUCUAGGGUCAAGGCAUGGUCUGGGCAGUGCUUUUAGGCCCUCUUUCAGAUCACACUCCUUCAAUGUGCAUACACCGUUCAAGAAGGAGCAGAAACAAGAUCCACCCGUUGAACACGAUCUCUAUGUCACCCUGGAGGAAAUCUAUCAUGGCUGUGUUAAGAAAAUGAAAAUCUCACGUCGUGUGGUGCAAGCGGAUGGCAGCUCCAAGAAGGAGGACAAAUAUGUGUCGAUAUCAAUAAAGCCGGGCUGGAAAUCGGGCACGAAGGUGACGUUUCAGAAGGAAGGCGAUCAGGCACCCGGAAAAAUACCAGCGGAUAUUGUGUUCAUAAUUAGGGACAAACCCCAUGCCAUGUUCAAGCGCGAAGGUAGCGACUUACGAUAUACGGCACGAUUAACACUUAGGCAGGCGCUGUGCGGCGUUGUGUUUCAAGUUCCUACAAUGUCCGGCGAUAAGUUGCGCAUCAGCACCAUGCAGGAGAUUAUUAAGCCGAACACCGUGAAACGCAUACAAGGCUAUGGCUUACCCUUCCCGAAGGACACCACGCGCAAAGGUGAUCUACUUGUGGCCUUCGAUAUACAAUUUCCGGAGAAAUUGACUGCCGCACAAAAGGAAGUGCUCAGGGAUAUGUUAUGAAAAUGAUAUUCAUAAUGGAGUUAUUGUUCAAGGAUGUAGAAGGAAAGUGUGUGCGAUUCACUCACCCAGUCGAAAUGCCUACUUAGUUAUAGGAACUAAAAAUAAAAAUAAAAAACAAUACCAGAAAUUUGUCAUUGCCAAGUUUAUGCGAAGCCAAAAAGGAAUUUCAGUUUCACAAACUUCAGAUAUCGCAUAAACAUGGCUAGUUUAUGUAUGUGAGAGAUAUAAGAGCAGUUGUCAUCAGUUAUUUUCUUUUUAGGCGCAUUUCAUUUGUGACGUUUUUUACAGAACUUUUUAACGUACUCGUAUGCAUCAAAAGUUUGUGCUCAGUUGCAAUGUGUU